ACCGGGCGACCCUUUGGAGCACAAGGCUGCAGACCCCCCCCACACCACUGCUCCGUGUGCAGCUGAGCCUUAGUGAGGGAGCAGGGCAGGCCUUGAUCUCAGCUGGAGCCUCGAGGGGCCGUCGCGCUAGCAGCGUUUCAGUGGGGCCCACAUGGUGACCAAUCGCGAUGCCCUGCCUGCAGCCCAUGCCGGGCCUUGGCCAGUGGAGCUAAGGGCCCCGUGGCAGAGAUGAGUCGCGAGAGGCCAGCCCCGUUCUCUAGCUUGGUUUGCUGUUGGUGUGUUAGCUCCUCCAGUGCCCUGACCUUGGCAACGAGCUGGAAGACGCCAUCGUGGAGGAGAUGAGCAGGCAGCUGAGAGACCCCAAGACCGUGGUGCGCUGGUUAGCGCUCAAAGGCCUCCUCAAUCUGGCCCUUCGCCCAGAGAAGGUGGGGAAACUCCAGCGUCUGCUGCCAGAUGUCCUGGAGCGACUCCAGGAGGUAGACAGAGACAUCAUCAGCAAGGCCAUCGCCGUGCUGAAACACCUCCUCGCCGGCAUGGACAGGCAGAGCGCCAGCCGCGCGGCUGUGCAAGUGGCUGAGCAACUCCUGCCGUUGUUUGAUGAUGUGUCCAGCAAGCUCCGGGUGCUCUCCAUCACCCUUUUUAAAGACCUGCUGGAGCUUGUAAGGGGGCCCAACCGGAGGCAGAUGAAGGAGCAUGUGCUCCAGAGCCUGGUCCCACUGCUCCUCCUUGUGCAUGAUGAGCGUCCCAACGUGUCCCAGGUGUGUUGGGACACCCUCAGCAGUGCCGCCCAAUUCCUGAGAUGGCACCAGCUCAGUGGCCUCAUCCAGCACAAGGAAACCUGGCAAAGCUGUGACUGCCUGGUGAGGGAGCCCUCUGGCCAUUCACUGCACAGCCCUCGCUGGCAGAAGUGGAGGAAUCAGUGAAUAGGGCACCCCCUAUUGCCUGGCUCUGUGCCCACACUGAGCCCUAGCCCCGGGACCACAACUGGGUGAGGAUGGUGAGCUUUGAUUAAUAUGAAAUGAAAUAAAACCUCAGAAGUUCGCAGAUGCUAUUGAACAGUUUAAGUUGGUUGUACCCUAGUGGACAGUUUAACUAUAACCCCAGGAGUUGGUAGAAUUCUAUUGGACAGUUUAACCCCCAGGAGUUGGUUAAACACUAUUGGACAGUUUAAAUCAGGGGUUCUCAAACUGGGGAUCGGGACCUUUCGGGGGUCGCAAGCUGCCAGCCUCCAUC